UUGACAAUCAAAUCAGGCAUAAAUUUGACAAUCAAAUCAGUGGUAAGGUUGACAAUCAAAUCAGUGGUAAGAUUGACAAUCAAAUCAGGCAUAAAUUUGACAAUCAAAUCAGUGGUAAGGUUGACAAUCAAAUCAGUGGUAAGAUUGACAAUCAAAUCAGGCAUAAAUUUGACAAUCAAAUCAGUGGUAAGGUUGACAAUCAAAUCAGGCAUAAAUUUGACAAUCAAAUCAGUGAUAAGUUUGACAAUCAAAUCAGGCAUAAAUUUGACAAUCAAAUCAGUGAUAAGUUUGACAAUAAAAUCAGUGGUAAGAUUGACAAUC